AUGUACUACAAGUUCAGCGGUUUUACCCAGAAAUUGACGGGCUCUGCCCCCGCAGCUGCCCUCAGCCCUCAGGGACUAAAGCAUGGUACACCUGCAGAGUCCCCAACAAUGAUCUUCGCCACACCCACCAAGGUGGUGUCAGAAGCAGGGUCCACGGUGGAGUACAUGGGAGCUAACAGGGUCCCUGACCUCCAGAAGUUAUUCCAGACAUCAGACGGCGUCCCUAUUCAUUUGAAGCGCGGCGUUCCCGACAGGCUGCUGUACCGCACCACCAUGGCGCUCACAGUCGGAGGCGUCGUCUACUGCCUGGUGGCGCUUUACAUCGCCGCCCAGCCCAACAGAAAGUGA